AUGUCGCUUUCUUCCAACAUCUCUCCACCCCCAGACGGCGGGUACGGCUGGGUGUGCGUGGCUGCAUGCUUUUCUAUAAACUGCUUCACUUGGGGUGCAGUCUCUUCAUAUGGCGUGUACUUGGCACACUAUCUCUCGAACAACAUAUUCCCUGAGGCUACCCCCAUGGACUUUGCACUAAUUGGGGGUUUAAAUUUCUCCAUGGCGAUGUUGGUAGCGCCUGCUGUUACAAUCAUCGCUCGCAAGUACGGCACCCAGUUACCGAUGUUGCUUGGUCUGGGGCUUUUGGCAUCGGGGUAUGUCUCUGCGUCCUUUUCACAAAGAAUAUGGCAGCUUUAUCUGUCACAGGGAGUCUUGAUCGGAUUUGGGGUUGGGUUUAUUUAUAUACCAAGCAUUCCAGUUCUCUCUCAGUGGUUCGAUAAGAAAAGAAGUCUUGCCAACGGGAUCAGUGCGGCCGGGUCAGGUAUUGGUGGCUUGAUUUUUUCGUUUAUGGAUGGUUCAAUCAUUCAGAAGAUAUCUCUUGCUUGGGCUCUACGAUUUACAGCUAUCAUCAGUUGCUCGAUACUAAUCAUUGCUAUUUUACUAAUUCGAACUCGCAACGAAGCUAUACAGCCGUCCCAGCGGGGAUUUGAUGUGAAACUCUUACGUCGUUUAGACGUGCUUCUAUUGCUAUCAUGGGCUUUUCUUAGUAUGCUUGGCUAUAUUUGUCUGCUGUUUUCACUUCCGGAUUAUGCACGCUCCAUUGGACUCUCUGACAACCAAGCUACAGUUGUCAACGCGAUCCUAAACUUGGGAACUGCUGUUGGUCGGCCACUGAUUGGUGUUUCCAGCGAUUGCUUUGGCAGGAUUGAGGUCGCCGGUCUCUUGACUUGCUUUUGUGGCAUUACUUGUUUUGUCAUUUGGCUUCCCUCGGCAUCAUAUGGUGCGCUUGUUCUCUUCGCUUUCAUUAGUGGGGCUAUUCUCGGGGUCUUUUGGGUUACCGUGGGACCUUUAUGUGUUGAGGUCGCUGGGUUGGAGCAGCUCCAAUCACUCCUCUCUCUAUCUUGGGUUUUUACUGUGCUCCCUACAACAUGUAAGGUCUUCACAUACGUACCUGGAGACCUCUCCGAGGUUAUAGCACUCAAACUACGCCGCCUUGGGUCCUACCAACCAUAUCGAAACGCCCAAGUAUUCUGUGGUAUCUCCUACAUUUGUGCCAGUAUGGCUUUACUGUCUCUCUGGAUGAUUAAACGACGGAAAGUACAAACAGGGGUCUAG